CAAGCACUUUAGUUCCGUGCAAGAAUGAAGCUUGUUCUAGCUCUGUGUGUGCUGCUCCCAGUAGCGGUGCAGUCUCUCAUGUUCCAGCCUCUGGACUGCGCUGAUAUCUACAAUGACGGCUCUGGGACAAGUGGGGUCUACAGGAUCUACCCAGCAGGACCCAACUCUGGACGCUAUGUCUACUGUGACAUGGACACUGAGGGAGGGAAAUGGACCGUGUUUCAGAGAAGGAUGGAUGGCACAGUGAACUUCUACAGAGGAUGGGAGCAGUACAAGAAUGGCUUUGGAGAUGCAGCUGGAGAGUACUGGCUGGGGCUCGAGACGAUACACCUGCUGACUCUGAAGAAGAACCACGAGCUGAGGGUGGACAUUGAGGACUUCAAUGGAGCUAAAGCUUAUGCCAACUACACCUCCUUCUCAAUCUCCCCUCAGGCCAUCAACGCUGAAGUGGAUGGAUAUAGACUGCAUGUCAGUGGCUUCAGAAAUGGUGGAGCAGGUGAUUCUUUAACCUAUCACAGCGGACAGAAGUUCUCGACCUUUGAUAAAGACCAGGACGCCUGGGCAGGAAACUGUGCACUAACACAUAUGGGCGCGUUCUGGUAUAACUCUUGUUUUUACGUCAAUCCAAAUGGUGUGUACCUCUGGGGCGCAGUCGACGACAAAGGUGUCAGCUGGCACCACUGGAAAGGUAACAAAUAUUCCCUGAAAUCAAUCUCUAUGAAAAUGAGACCUGUGCCCCUUUUGUAGUAGA